GCGUCGUCUGCGCCCGGGCUGCUGGGGUGCCCGUGGCGGGAGACGGGCACAGGAAGGAGCCGAGCUCAGCGUCCUCCACGGGAGCCAGGCAGAGGGCCGGAUGGCCGGCAGGCUGGCCCUUCCCGAUGAAGGAAGCGGGCCGUGAGGAGGAGCGGGCAUUUGACCUGCCCUGUGGGGCUGCCUCUCUCAGUCGGGGUGGUCAGUGGGAGUGGAUUUUCCUGCUGGGCCUGAGCCCCGGGCUUCUGGCCUGCUGCCCACCCUGACCACUGGGGCCAGGUGAGCUCCGGGAGUCACGGCCACACCUGCCAGGUGAUCCCCUCCCCUCGCAGCGCCCGGUGCGAGGCGGCUUCCCCUCCACCUGGCCCCUGCCAGGCUUGCCCAGAGUGGGCGAGGCGGGCACCGGUUGGAUGCCCCCGCUGGGGUGAGCGAAACGGCCUGGGGACCACCGCCCCUUCCCGCCUUCCGUCUCUCGCCCGGAGUCCCGAGGCUGGCUGCGGUCCGAGAGGGCCGCUUUUCCAGGCUUUUGUUCGGCGUGGUUGCUGGAGCUUUUCUGAGGAGGUGGGUGGGGUGGGGGUGCGUUUCCUGAAGAAAGGUCCAGCCUGUGCCAGCGCCCGCCCGCCCCGGGCCUCUCCACCAGAGUCCUUGGCGUCUGUGAAGAGGCACAGCGCAAGGUGUCAGCCCCGAGGGGACGCAUCCGCCUUACUCCCAACAGGUGUCCGGGACAGCCAACCGCCGUGCGCCUGACCGGUCCCUCUCUCCCUUGGGUCUGGAGCCACUGACCACCCUGGGGUGGUGCCAUGGAAGCAGACCCCUAUGCCAGCAUGCAGGUGGGAGUGCGGGUGGUCCGUGGCCUGGACUGGAAGUGGGGCCACCAGGACGGCGGGGAAGGCAACGUGGGCACGGUGGUGGAGAUCGGCCGCCAGGGCAGCCCCACGACGCCUGACCGAACCGUGGUCGUCCAGUGGGAUCAGGGGACCCGGACCAAUUACCGGACCGGCUUCCAGGGGGCCUUCGACCUGCUCCUGUACGACAAUGCCCAGAUAGGCAUCCGCCAUCCCAACAUCAUCUGCGACUGCUGCAAGAAGCACGGGCUGCGAGGCAUGCGUUGGAAGUGCGCCGUGUGCUUCGACUACGACCUCUGCACGCAGUGCUACAUGAACAACAAGCACGACCUCUCCCACGCCUUCGAACGCUAUGAGACCGCACUCUCACGUCCAGUCUCCGUGAGUCCCCGCCAGAACCUGCCCCGCCUGCCCCUGAGGGGGAUCUUCCAGGGUGCCAAGGUGCUCCGGGGCCCAGACUGGGAGUGGGGCAAUCAGGACGGCGGCGAGGGGAAGAUAGGCCGCGUGGUGGAUAUCCGGGGCUGGGACGUGGAGACGGGCCGGAGCGUGGCCAGCGUCACCUGGGCCGACGGCACCACCAACGUGUAUCGCGUGGGGCACAAGGGCAAGGUGGAUCUCAAGUGUGUGGCCGAGGCUCCUGGCGGCUUCUAUUACAAAGACCACCUCCCCCAGCUCGGUAAGCCAGCAGAGCUGCGGCGGCGGGUCAGUGUGGACAGCCAGCCCUUCCAGCAUGGAGACAAAGUCCAGUGUCUGCUGGACAUCGAGAUCCUGCGGGAGAUGCAGGAGGGCCACGGGGGCUGGAACCCCAAGAUGGCAGAGUUUAUCGGCCAGACAGGAACAGUGCACAGAAUCACCGACCGGGGUGAUGUGCGGGUCCAGUUCAAUAGCGAGACUCGUUGGACAUUUCAUCCUGGGGCCUUGACCACGGCGUUGGGCUCCUCGGGGAAGGUGGCAAAGGUGUUCGGGGAUGGAGACCUGAGGAUGUCGCUCGGCGGUCAGGCCUGGAAGCUCAGCCCCUCCUGCCUUGCCACCCGCCAGCGGGAGGAAGAUGCCAACCUGGAUGCCAUGGAGAGCGCCAAGGAACCCAAAAGCUCCCUGUGUGCCAUCCUGGAAAAGCUGCUAGCCCAGAAGAGUGAUCCCGACCAGCCAGGGCGGCUGGUGACAGAGGCUGCUCACGGCAACAUCGCCCGCCUGCUGGAGCUGGUGAAGAGGCAUCCGGACAAGGUGGACGUGAAGAACCAGGGUCGGACGGCGCUGCAAGUGGCAUCCCACCUGGGGCAGGUGGAGUCGGUGAGGCUCCUGCUGCAGGCGCACGCCACCGUGGACACGCGGGAUGAGGAGGGGGACACCGCCCUGCACUACGCCGCCUUCGGGAACCAGGCGGAGGUGGCCCGGGUGCUGGUGAGCCGGGGAGCCAGCGUGGACCUGCCCAACGCCGCCCGGCGCACCGCCCUGCACGUGGCCGUCAGCCGGGGCUUCGCCGAUGUCGUGCGGGUCCUGUGCGAGCACGGCUGUAACGUCAACCUGCCGGAUGUGAACGCCGACACCCCCCUGCACUGCGCCAUCUCCGCCGACGCCAAGGGCAUCAUCGAGCUCCUCACCGAGGUGCCCAACGUGGACUUCACCGUGCCCAACCAUCAAGGCUUCAACCUGCUGCACCACGCCGCCCUCAAGGGCAACAGGCUGGCAGUAAAGAAGAUCUUGGCCCGGGCCCGGCAGCUGGUGGAUGCUAAGAAGGCAGAUGGUUUCUCUGCCCUGCACCUGGCCGCUCUCAAUAACCACCUGGAGGUGGCUGAGAUCCUCAUUAAAGAGGGCCGCUGUGAUGUGAACAUCCGGACCAACCGGAACCAGUCCCCCCUGCACCUGGCGGUGAUCCAGGGGCACCUGCGGCUGGUGCCGCUCCUGGUGAGCGCGGGCAGCAGCGUGAACGCCGAGGACGAAGACGGGGACACGGCCAUGCACAUGGCCCUGGAGCGGCACCAGCUGCUGACCCUGGCCGCCGCCAGCGACGGGGCGGCCGCUCCGCAGGACAGACUCUCGCUCCUCUCCAAGCUGCAGGCUUCCGGCCUCUUGGGCAAUGUGGAGCUGAAUGUAGGUGUGGCCAUCGCCUGCUUCCUGGCCCAAGAGGGGGCCGACCUGGGCUACACCAACCACCGCGGGAAGUGCCCUCUGGACCUCGUCACAGAUGGACGCACCGUCCAGGCCGUUCGGAGCUUUGCCCAGAGGUUCAGGGAGCAGCAGGCUUCGUUGGGCAACGCAGGGGUGAGCUGCAACCUACGCAGGGCACACUCCACCCCCAAUACCAUGACCAACCUGAGCGUCGGCCCUGUCGCCGCCGGCGGGGCGGGGCUGGCCGAGUGCCUGGUCUGCUCCGAGCUCGCCCUGCUCGUGCUCUUCCAGCCCUGUCAGCACAGCAUCGUUUGCGAAGAGUGCUCCCGGAGGAUGAAGAAAUGCAUCAAAUGUCAAGUAACCAUCGCCAAAAAGCUCAAACCAGACAGCUCCGAGGUGGGCGGCGGGCCAGAGGCGGCGGGCCAGCGGCAACUGAUGGAGGAGCUGCAGAGCCGCUACCGGCAGAUGGAGGAGCGCAUCACCUGCCCCAUCUGCAUCGACAGCCACAUCCGGCUGGUGUUCCAGUGCGGGCACGGCUCCUGCCAGGAGUGCAGCGCCUCCCUCAGCGUCUGCCCCAUCUGCCGCCAGGGCAUCCGCGACCGCAUCCCCAUCUUCGUCUGAGCGCCCACGCCGCCUGACCGGGCCCGGAAGCCAGGGCCGG